CUCCCGUGUAACAUACUAACAUCACUCAGCAGCCAAGACUGGAAAAUAAUAAAAUAGUAAAAAUGAAGUUUUUGAUUUAAUUCUCUUUCUUGCAUCAAAAUUUGGUUUCUGGAAACUAUACACUACAGCUACUGCGUCUAUCCUGUUUCGCUCCUUUUCUUACUCUGCCUCUUCCCCUGCCUGCCAUAUCCUUUCUCUUCUUCUUUCCCAUUACCAUUAUUAUUGCUGCCAUUUCGUUGCGGCCGCCUUCUUCCUGCUAAAGGUUCUCUUUCUCCAUCCUUUUCAUUUUGAUUCCUUUUCUGUAUUUGCUGAACUGAUUAUACCCUUUUUCAGCUGCUGCUGCUACUUGGUUUCUUUCCUCUGCAAUUUUCUCAUUUGGGUUGUUUCCAUUAUCCUCUGAUUCUCUCUCAGGGCUUCUAGAUUGGGGGUCAACCCUCCAUAGUUUCUGGUCAGAGUAAUCCAAGAUAAUCCCACCUUUUUGCUCAUGGUUUGUAUUACUUCCCAUUUGUUGAUCUUGGUUUCUGUUUUUGUUUCAGUCUGGUAGGGUUCGUGUUGGUUUCUCUGGUUUUUGUUUUGUGUUUGUGGAUGUAGUGUGGUGUUUGAUAUUUGAUUGCGGUGUUUUUGGAUACAGGUGAGCCCAAUCGACCACCAAAUGACGGGCGGCGGUCACAGGGACCUAGGACCGGCGUGGUUGAAACCAAUGCUGAGAGCCAGCUACUUCCACCCCUGCCCCUUCCAUGGCGAUUCCAACAAGAGCGAAUGCAACAUGUUCUGUUUGGACUGCACUGGCAGUGCUCUCUGCUCUUAUUGCUUGAUCAACCACAGAGACCACCGUGUUGUUCAGAUUCGUCGAUCUUCGUACCAUAACGUGGUGAGAGUAAACGAGAUACAGAAGUACAUAGACAUUGCCUGCGUCCAGACUUACAUUAUCAACAGUGCCAAGAUUGUGUUCUUGAACGAGAGGCCUCAGCCUAGGCCAGGGAAAGGGGUUACCAACACUUGCGAGAUAUGUUGCAGGAGCCUCCUCGAUUCCUUCAGGUUCUGCUCCCUCGGCUGCAAGCUGGGAGGCAUGAAGCGAGGAGAUCGAACCCUCACAUUCUCAAUCCGGGAGAAGUACAACAACAGCAGAGAUCAUCACUUCCUGGGAGAGUUCGACUCCGAUGAUGACGAUGAUGAAUCGUCCACUCCCAAGAAGAUCAGGAGGACCAAUUUUUUCAAUCGCUUGAUGGACAGGCUAUCCAUCCACUCCAUCAACAGCGGAGCCGGUGAUGGAAGGGAUAGCUCAGGUGAUGAAGCUGCGACCAACAUUUCCCCAUCAACUCCUCCCAUAUACAAUCAUCGAAACGCCAGGAGGAGGAAGGGUGUACCUCAUCGCGCCCCAUUCUGAAGCCAAGAAAACCACAGGGAGGGUUGUCUAUGUAGCAGUAUACUAAUAGUAGUAGUGUGUAGUGAUGCAGUAACCUUUACACUGAUACAUAUAUAUUUAUACAUACGGUAGGAGUUGGUAUAGUUUGUUUUAUGGAGUGGGUGUAUUGUAUAUAUUCAGCUAGCAAGGAUGAGAAGAAAAGGGUAGUUGCUAUGAUGCUCUGAUAAUUAAGAGCUGGUGGUCAGUUUAGUUAUAGAAUGCUGUCUCUUUUCCCUUUGUGAGAUACAUUACUAGGGUAUUGUAGGAAUGUAGCAACCCAGUGUACUGAAAACUGUAUAUAUGUAUAAUAUGCAUGCAUAGAUGUGUUUGGUUGCUGUGUAUGCUCUAUACCAAUACAGGAAACGGCUCUUGGCCUUGAGCAAGCUUCUUACAUGGCCUGUAAAUUCAUGUGAAUGUGAAUGUCUUAUUGGGUUUACAAUGUGAUGUGUUACGGGGCAUUGAUGAUGUUCAUUAUGGGUUAAGGACAUGGAAUUAGGAGGACAAAUUGAGGUUUUGUACCAGGAGAAGUUGCUUUUGUUGAUUCUGUACUAGUUUUGGGCUGGAGGUGCAAGAAAAGAAUACCAAGUGUCCAUUAUUAUCCGUGGAAACAAAGUGUCCCCAGAAGUUUGGGGGGUUUUAUGGUAGUUUUGGUUGGGGAGAAACGACAAAACCGGCAAUUUUAAUGUAAGCAGUGGCAGUGACAAUGAAUGCUGCUGCUGCUAAACACUGCAUACUCCUUAUCCAGACGAGCUCUUGUUGUCCUCGAUCCGGGUUGCCUUUGUUUUGUUGCCCAACUGUUUUCUUUCGAGUAAGUACUUGGGAACGUGGCAUUGCGUAACGCAAUUUGGGAAUUCUGAUAGGGUGGGGCCUGGUCUCCUUCUAAGUCCGGC